UAGUGGCUGCCGUGCAUGAAAGGGUUAAAGCUGAGCUCUAGGAGCUCUGGGGAGAAGUAGGAGGUGAAACAUUUGGGAAAGCCCUCUUUCUUCCUCCUCUUUUUUUCCCUGGGACUGCUGACGCGUCCAGCGUCUACGUGCAGCUCAGAGGCGCCGUGGAUUACUUUAAACUACAGCCACCAUCAUGAUACUUCCUCUUCUAGUUUUAGCAGCACUGCUUUUCCGGGCUGAAUGUUACUUUUCGGAGGAGAAGUAUCCGGAGGAGUCUAAAAUGCAGCCUCCCACCGUGGUAAUCGCGCUCCUGGCCAGGAACGCUGCGCACUCGCUGCCCUACUACCUCGGAGCUCUGGAGAGACUCAACUAUCCCAAAGAGCGCAUCUCAGUCUGGGCAGCCACAGAUCACAACUCUGACAACACCACAGCCAUCCUGAAGGAGUGGCUGACUGUCAUGCAGAAAUAUUACCAUUAUGUUGAGUGGAGACCGAUGGACAAGCCCACGUCUUACGCAGGAGAACUGGGGCCUAAACACUGGCCCAACAGCAGAUAUGAGUAUGUGAUGAAGCUAAAACAAGCGGCGCUCAAUUUUGCUAGAAAACGCUGGGCUGACUACAUCCUGUAUGCAGACACAGACAACAUCCUGACCAACCCGGACACCCUCAACCUGCUGAUAGCAGAGAACAAGUCGGUGGUCGCCCCCAUGCUGGACUCCCAGGGAGCAUACUCCAACUUCUGGUGUGGGAUCACGCCACAGGGUUAUUAUCGUCGAACAGCAGAGUACUUCCCCACACGUUACCGCCACAGAGUGGGCUGCUUCCCGGUACCGAUGGUCCACAGCACGUUGCUGCUGGAUCUGAGGAAGGAGGGCAUGAAGAAGCUGGCGUUCUACCCGCCUCAUGAGGACUACUCAUGGUCCUACGAUGACAUCAUCGUGUUUGCCUUCUCCUGCCGCGCCGCAGCGAUCCAGAUGUACGUGUGCAAUAAGGAGCGCUAUGGUUACCUGAACGUUCCAGCCAAACCUCACUUCAGCCUGGAGGACGAUCGCCUCAACUUCGUCCAUGUCCAUCUGGAGUCCAUGAUCGAUGGUCCACCCAUGUAUCCAUCUCGAUUCGUUCACAUGUUCCCAAAACAGAGGGACUUGAUGGGAUUUGACGAGAUCUAUCUGAUUAAUCUGCGGCGCCGGACCGACCGAAGGGACAGGAUGCUGUUCUCCUUAAACGAGCUGGAGAUUGAUGUCAAGGUGGUGGACGCAGUGGAUGGAAAUGCUCUCAACAGCAGUGACAUUAAAAUCUUGGGUGUGGACUUGCUGCCGGGCUACUACGACCCAUUCUCCGGGCGCACCCUGACUAAAGGGGAGGUGGGCUGCUUCCUCAGUCACUACCACAUCUGGAAGGAGAUUGUGGACACACAAAUGGACAAAGCGCUGAUCUUCGAGGACGACGUUCGCUUUGAGGCCAACUUCAAGCGGCGAGUGCUCAUGCUGAUGGAGGAAGUAGAGCUGGUGGAGCUGGAUUGGGACAUCAUAUACUUGGGCAGGAAGCAGGUGAAUCCUGGAAAGGAGGCGGCGGUGGAGAACGUUCAGAACCUGGUGGUGGCCGACUACUCCUACUGGACCCUGUCGUACAUCAUCUCCCAGCAGGGAGCCCAGAAACUGCUCAACGCCGAGCCGCUUUCCAAGAUGCUGCCCGUCGAUGAGUUCCUCCCCAUCAUGUACAACAAACACCCCAAUGAGGACUACAUGUCCCACUUCCUCAACAGAAACCUGCAAGCCUUCAGUACACGCCCCCUGCUGGUGCAGCCGUGUCACUACGCCGGUGAUGCUCAGUGGGUGAGCGACACAGAGACGUCCACUCUGUGGGACAACGACUCGGUCAGGACCGAUUGGAGGGGUUCCCACAAGAUGCUGAAAGGAUCUGCGCCCGAGUUUCUGUCUGCUGCCUACAGGGACGAGCUUUAGCACGGAGCAGACAAAGGGGUCAAAAGGUCAGGGAGAGACAGAUGCCGAAAGGAGAGAACGACAUGUUCUGAGCCUUUAUUUUUGUCUCAGAUGUGCUCAGUGCCUUAUAAACUGGACUUUGAGUUUUUCAGAGCAUAUCAGGAGGUUUCUGGUUUGGCAGAAAAACAAUGCACAGGGCAGUUAUUUAUCAAAACAGUCUGUAAAGAUGGUGUUUUAGCAUUUAUGCAUAAACUUGCACAAAAAUCAUCCUGAAUCCAAUCUUUCAAAUGUGUUUUUAUGAGGGUUUUUUUAGCUUUUUGGGGGUGUUUGAAGCCUCUUUGCGGCUUAUGUGUAGAUAAUCUUAGGUAGCAUGUAUGUAUGUGAUGAUUGCAUGUGUUUAAUGCUGAUUAAAAAUGUUCUGUUAAUUAACUGCUAAUCAGCUGAUCAGACUGUGAGUCCCAUGUCAAGUUUGAGUUUGUAACUGAAUUAUUUUUUAUAUAUUUACAUUUUCAUAAUGACUAAGUCUGUCUUCUACUGAGAUGUUGUGAGAUUCAUUUGUAUUUGAACCAAGCCAGUGGUCCGAUAUUACAAUCAAGUGUUGAGUGAAUGAUUCUAACAGAUCGAACAUUUACAGGCGAACAAUUGAAGCACCUUUUAUUUGAUCUUGUUUUCAGUUAUUGAUUUUUUAAUUUUGAAACCUUAAAAUGUUUAUUUCUUAAAAUCAUCUAACUUUCUUCCAUAAGAAGAGAACCGUGCAGGUAAAUAGUAGAAUACAAAUGCAGUUCUAUUUAUUUUUUCCAAAAGUAGAUCAUUUACAUAUUUUAUGUUUUAUUAUAUUAAUUUUACAUCAAACAAAAGGGUUAUGUGUAAUUUCAGGCUGCCUUACAUAUCAGUAAGUUAUGUUAUUAAAAGGAUGCAUAAGGUUCAUGAAUCUAUUCAAAAAUGUACUUUAUUCAUUGUUUUGUUACCAGUUUGGUUACUGGGAUUUAUGUCAUUUAGUAAUCAUCACCGAUCAUAUCAUUUAUGUUAAGUUUUUGAUGUUUUACUAUUUUCUAUCUUCUGCAUGUGCUUUUAUUUAUUCAGUCUUAUGAGGAAACUUCCUAACAAAAUAAGGUUCAACGUGCCUUUAAGGUGCAAUGGCCUCCCUGACCUGAGUAAUUAUGUUUUAAGCUGAAAUUUAAAAGAUGUUGUUUUUUCAUGUAUUUUUUAUUUUUAUUAUUUUUUUGAUAAAAUUUCAUUGAGAUGUUAGUAGAUUGUUCUAAACUAUCUGGAAACAGAUUUUCUGUUAUUACAAUGACGGAAACACACCACAAGAGGGCGAACUUUCAGCAAAACCAGACAACAUGAAUUCCCUGGAACCGAAGGAAAACUUUUCUUUUUUAUUUUAAUAUAACAUGAUACAUAUAAAAUCAGAGUUUAUUGUUUUAAAUGUAUCUGCAUCUGUUGCUAGUGAUAAACUAAACGUUCUUACCUUAUGCCCAGUUUGUUUCUCUAUACAACCUCUAAUCCAGUGACUUAUUGAACAGGGUAAACUUCACUUUGAGACUAAACUCUGUUUGCACAAGCUGUCUGUUCUGGGUCAAUAUCUUGUUGCAGAAUAAAGAUUUAGCCUGUAAAAUAA